GGUUGCCUGAUCCUCUUCCCUGAGGAGAGGCCGCUCAGUCCGGCCGGGAGAGCGCCGUUGCCGGGUGCGAGGAGGCGAAGGAAGGGCCCGGCUGCCUCUCCAGGCUCCAUGGCCGGACGGAGCCGCCUCAAGAUGGGCUCCUCGGGGGCUCCAGCGGUUCCUGGAGGUCUCCAGAGUCCUUGGGGGGACGCUGCUGUCGGACCACCUUCCAGUCCUGGGGAAGAGUCCAAUCCUUUUUCCUUCAAGGAGUUUGUGCGGAGUAAGAACCAGAACUCGGAAACGGCCGCCGUGCGUGGAGCCAAGAGCGGAAGCAGCGUUUCCCCUGAACUGGGGGCAGGCAGCAGCCCCAGCCCCAAGGAAUCUUCCCAGUUUACCUCGCUGUUGGACGACAACUCCUCAUCUCCUGAUUCCUCAAGACUGAGGUUGGACUUCCAGGAGCCGUUUUUCUCUGACCCAACUGUGACGCCCUCCUUGCUGGAAGAUGAGGAUGAUGACGACUGGAGCAGCAGUUACCAACCGUCAGCAAUUGAAGAUGCCCUCUUGGCCAGGACUCCUGACACCUCUCUGAGUAGCACCUUUGACACUUUUUAUGGCAAUCCUCCUGAUCCAUCAGUGCUCCAGAGCUUUUCUCCAUGGCAGCUGGGAGGGACAGACUCUCUUCUGGGUCCCCCUCUUGGGAAAGGGGACCAGAGCUCACCUGUCGCAGGAACGGCUGGAGGAGAGGGCUUUUGCCCACCGCUGCAACUGAGUUAUGAAGAAUUAAAACAAGAAAAUUCCAAGUUAAGAAGUAAAGUCAGCCACAUUCAAGCCGUUUCUGAAACACAAGCAGAGAGACUCAAGCAGCUUGAAAGGACACUAGAGGAGAACAAACGCAAGGAAGCAAAAGAGACCCGUGACCUGGAGGCCAUGGUCCAGCAGGUGGAAGAGAACCUCCAGUUGAUGACGAAACGAGCCGUGAAAGCAGAAAGUAGUGCCAUCAAACUCAAGCAGGAAAACGCACUUCUUCAGGUUCAAUUGGAGAACUACCGGUUGGAAAACGAAGCCUUGAAGGCCGGCCAUUUAGCAAACCUGGCUGCGGUGAAACAAAAUGCGGACGUUGCCCUGCAGAAUCUUCUGGUGGUCUUAACGAAAUCUAGAGUAUCCAUCAAGCAAUUGCUUUCCGGUGCGGAAGAACUGCAGAUUGUUGCAGAGCUCCUAAAGUCGAUAGACAAAAUCUCUGAGUUACAGCAAGAUUCUCCAUAGAAAACACUACAUAAGGCUUUGGACAAAGACACUUCGGAAGUCAGAAUCUGAAAGACACUAAUAGACAAUCUCCUUGCAAUGCAAGCCUGGCUCCUCACCUAAAUUGUGACACGUCUGCAUCCUAACCUCACUGCCGCCUAUAAUACUUAUCCCCCAACUUUAUUGCUCUGCGAACGAAGACGAGAGAAGUAUUUUAUAUCACUUUUUGUACAGCAAAGUAUUAAAGGUUUAACACUUUC